AUGUCAGCACGAUACCAUUUGAAUACUGAUCAUUGGAGUAAGAUGCGAAUGAAUGUCAUAAAAAAUACAAUUAAUAUUGAACAACGCGGACGUGUUCUUAGUUGGGAGAAACAUCAAAAACGAGCUGUACAAGAUGAAUUGAAAGCAGCUAUUCAUGGCGCUCGUAGUUUACCAAAGAGUAAUAUUGUGGUAGUACAUAAUUUUGAAGACAUUUUUACAGUCGAACUUGAUGGAUGUGUACCUGGAAGUGCUUAUUUCCGUCGACGAACCGAUAGACGUGUCGAAUCUGCUAAUAAACAAACGAAACAACCUCGUUAUGCAUUAAUGACUGGUACACAAUAUACACUUAUGACAUUACCAACUAAUCCUCAAAGUAAUCAAACAAGAAGUCGUGUGCCUGUUUUACAAUGUCGUGGAAAAAUUUAA